AUAAUCAUUGUUUGUGAUUACACGAGUGAAAACAUUUGAAAAAUAUGAUAAAUCCGUCCUUCAAUGUUUGCGAUAUUACAAUUGUUUAAAUUCACCUCCCGAAAGGGAAAUAAAUAAUGUCCCCUUGUCAAAAGACUUUCCACGUUUUCAACAGAAAAUCAUAGUGAAUCAUAAGCAUCGCUCGUUUUAUUGAUACGCAUGAGUAAUGAGGGUAGUGUGGGUUCGUUAGCAUGCGAGUGAAUAAUAUUAAUCAGCAGUCGAGUUGGAGAGGACUAAAGGACAAAAUAAAUGAAUUCGUGUGAACCCCAGAGACUACCAAAUUGGGCUGAUUAUGACAGGUGUGCACACGAGCCACUAGAGAAUGAUAUAUGACAUAAGUACACAGAGAAAGAUGUUCUCAAAUAAAUGUUACACGUUUCUAAAAAUUUGGUUUUCAAAAAUUAUCAAGGGAGGAUGACGUAAACUUCAAACAUAAUAAAACCCGUAUUUCUCAAACUAAGAGAGAUGGCUAAAUUCAUAUGAAUAAUUUUUUUAUAGCUCUGAUUUUUCUCUAUAAAAAAAAGUAACGAAUCUGCUGUGAAAUUCGAGUCUCCUCAAGUCUGAAAAAUAUCGGUCGAUUCGUGUGACUCAUAUCUUCCACUAGUUUCAGCUUCAUAAGCACGUGUGCGAAUAAAUUUACCGUAUCGUACGAUACUCGAAAUUUUCUCAAAUUAUCAGCCGCGUGAACCCACUAUCAUAUGUACACUUCUAAGAGUAGUGAUUACCGCCUUUACUGCUGAUAAGUAAACACACAUUUCGAUAUUAUCGCGAAGAAACUAUUGGAUUAAAAUGAUUACUGGACGAUAUCCAACGAUUUAAAAAGAUCCUUCAUAAAUGAUCACGAAAUCAUUUUAUUUUUCGUUGAUAAAAAUUUUCAUUUUAGAAUCAGUUGACCCUAGGUUGCGUUUGGAGAAUGCCGCGUUCGUAAUUGGAAUGGAAUAAAGAUUUCAAAUCAAUUGCAGCCUGAUUGUUAUAUAUUUAUUUAAUUCCAUACUCCAUAUUGAAUGUUUAUUGUAUAAAGGAAUAUUGUGACGAUAAGAACACUUGUAUUUCCCAGUCCCUAGAGAAACAACAACAGAAUUUGUUCCAUCGUAUGAUUUUACCCCUCCUUAGCAAGAAAUUCCAGAAAAUAUUUCUCCAUCGCGAACAACAAUAAUAAAGCGUGUUUUCCAUAAAGAGAUGCAUCAUACGUCUAUUUGCCCCAAUUAAUAUCAAGGGAAAAGCGUUCGAAAUAAAAUACGUAAUAUCAAUACAUUGCUGAGCGCAACCCCCUUAUCAAUCUCCUCGCUAUCAUUCCCACAUUUUUAUUGCUUUAAUUAUAAUGUAAUCCCCCCCGCACCUUUCGCAAUGGGCUAUUGAUUCUGUCUUCCCCCUUCGGUUUUUCUUCUCAUCCCAAUCAUUUAUUUAUGCGAUACCUUAUCUCUUAUACGUCAAAUAUGCCCAUGUUGUCAAAGUACUUGGAGUGGGGAUUGACAACCGUCAUUUAUUCUAUAUUCAUUAGAGAAGAGCUAUCAAUUCCAAUGGCUCCAAUUCUUCAUUCACUCUAUUGAAUGCUGACAAAAUAGAUAUAUAUCGUUGAUUUUUCUUUUUGCAAAUACCUCUAUCUCUCUCGAAUCGUCGAUCUCCAAUUUAUUUCACUACCCCCUCCCCCUCCCUACUCUACCCUCCUCUCCAAGACUGAUAAAUAAAAUAUUAGCCAGUAGUCGAUUCAAAUUCAUUAUUCGGCGAACGACGCGACCUUAAUUAACACAAGUGCCCUCGACUCAGACUUUGUGGUUUCAAUUUUAUCGUAAAGUGAACAACUGUUAACAGAAUUACACACACAGUGUAAUUACCGGACCUUUAAUUCAUUAAUUACAGUGAAACUACUUAAUCGAUAUUGAGCUAAUAAUAAUUAAUAAUUUUGAGAUCGUGAAUUACUUCGGAUAAUGAACGCAAGUUUGUUGCGUUGUUACAUCGAUUCUGCUGUUUAUAAUUUUGUUGCUACAAUUAUUAUCGAAGUGGAGUGCAUAUUCUGAUAGAGGAUUUCAUUUCGACUGAUUUAUUUUGCAAAGACAGGAUGGUUCAUGCGAUGCGCAAGCUCCUAGUUCGAGGGAGUCUUUUGGAGCAAAUUCUGAAGAAUGUGCGGUACAGUUCAUCCCUAAAAAUCAGAGACCAGGAAUUGCUGCCAACAGAUCCAGAAAUCGAUCGUUCAUUCAAAUACUCAGACAUGUCGGUGACACUAGCACCGCCUCACAGGCUCCAAUCAAAGCCAAAUGUCAGUGAUCUCAGCUUUGGAAAAUACUUCACGGAUCAUAUGUUCAAGGUUUAUUACUAUGAGGCCCUUGGGGGAUGGCAGACACCCGAGAUAAUGCCUCUAGAAAAUCUAGUCUUUCAUCCUGCUGCUAAAGUACUUCAUUAUGCCAUUGAAGCCUUCGAAGGCCUAAAGGCAUACCGGGGAGUGGAUGGAAAAAUCCGGCUAUUUCGUCCCGAGCUAAACAUGGUGCGUAUGAAUGCCUCAGCCAGGAGGAUGGGCCUGCCAGCUUUCAACGGGAUAGAGUUCAUAAAGUGCUGCUCCAGAUUAAUCAGUAUAGAUCAGGAAUGGGUGCCUCAUUCCGAGUCCUCCAGUCUCUACAUAAGGCCAACGAUAGUGGGCAUUGACCCGACCCUGGGAGUUGCUUCAUCCGAAUCAGCACUUCUGUAUGUGAUCCUCUGCCCAGUGGGUUCUUACUUCGCUGAAAAUAAAAGUACAAUCGGGGUUUCCUUGCUGGCUGAUCCCAGGUACACGAGGGCAUGGCCAGGUGGCUGUGGAGAUAGAAAAGUUGGUAGUAAUUACGCACCUACCAUUAGGGUGCAGAAGGAAGCUGCUGAAAAGGGAUUGCAGCAGGUUCUCUGGCUCUACGGGGAGGAUCAUCAGGUGACGGAAGUCGGAACAAUGAAUAUUUUCAUGUUCUGUAUCAAUGAGGCCGGAGAAAGGGAGUUAGUCACACCACCACUGGAGGGUCUCAUUCUUCCCGGAAUCACUAGGGCCUCGAUCUUAGACCUCGCUCAGGAUAUAAAUGAAUUCAAAGUCAGCGAGAGGAUUAUUACAAUGAAGGAAAUUACUCGACUGGUCACAGAGAACAGAUUGUUAGAGAUGUUUGGAGCUGGGACAGCCUGUGUCGUAAGUCCAAUCUCCUCUAUUGACUAUAUGGAACGGCGACUACACGUACCCACGUGCGAUCAACCAGAGCCACUCUAUAAAAAAUUCCUGAAAGCCCUCCUAGACAUCCAGUAUGGCUACGUCCCAGGGCACCCAUGGGCGUACGAAAUCGACUGAGAAAUUUACCUCGCGACAUUAAAAAACCAUUGAUAUUAAUUUGAACAAGGAAUAAAUAUCAGCAUCUCAUCUAGUGCUCGUGGAUACUAGAGUGUAGUGAUUCUUCUUCUAAUAUUUAUUGUUAUGGAGACAGUCAUUACUCUGACAUAUUACCAGUCUUGAGGACGUAUUGUACAUAGUUUGCUCCCAACGAAGUGAUUAUGAACGAAGAUUUCUCCUUGAUUGUGUAAAUAUUGAGAUGCCAUUAAUGCGAAAUUUAUUUAUAAUGAAAUCUUAUUAAGUGUUGAUUUUUUUCCAAUCAGGAAUUGUUGUGCCUAAUGAUAAGCAUGUUUUUAGUAAUUUAAAGUAGUAUGUUUAAUGUGAAAAUAUAUAAAUUUUUAUAUAAAA